AUGCGAGCUGGAACAAGCAGUGUUUCUAAUUCAGCGCCGUCUCUAGCGGCAGCGGCAAGCCCAACGCCCGCCACCUUCACACCUCAAGGUUCUGGCGUGGACGCUUAUGCCAUGCAAUCGCCUAUAUCUGCGCAGGAACCCUUCACAAAGUCUGGUAUUCAGACCAGGCAGAAGCGUGUUCUACCGUCGCGUUCUCGAAGAGGUGGUCCCGGUGUUGGAAAUUGCGACACAGACAUUAUGAUUGUGGAGACAAUGAAAAGAAGACUUGAGGGCGAACCUUUAAUUCCGGCGAAUACCCGAUUCAUCCUUACCACAAAUUCGUCUCUGCUCCCGUCUACGUCGGAGUCAGUUCCUUUCGAGGUGGAGAUAAACAGCCAGGCAUAUAGCCGCUAUUUUGAACGCCCAGAAGUUCAGAAGGCGUAUAGAGAACAACAACUUAUUCAAACACCAGAAUUUACACAACUCGAUGAGGAUGCCAAUGUUGGUGGUCGAUUUAGACCAAGAGGCGCAGAAGACGAGUCAGCCGACAUGUCUGAUGCCGCAUACGAGAAACGUCAUCGAAAGUACGAGACGUUUGAAAAGCGACAGCGAUUACGCGAGAAAGAAAAGCUGAAGCACGAGCAGUACAAGCUAAAAGAACGUAUUGAGCAGCUGCGGGCUAUGGAUACAUCCGCGUUCCUCGUCCUCCCAUCGGCUGACUUCCCUGAAGCUUCAAUAUCCCCUACACCCAACUUUUCGUUGAACGAUGACCAAAUGUUGGAAGAACUCUCGAGUCCAAAUUCUUAUGGCUCACCCGCAUUCGUUGAAGGCGAGCGGCGACGAAAGAUUAUGCUCGACACGGCAUCAUCUUUAGAGGAACGAUAUCGUGUUCUUCUCCCUCCUGACCGGAAGUGGUUAGAGAAGAAAACUAAUCAAUCCGGUGUUACUGGUGUAUCCCUUGAGCCUGCGAUCCCCGAAAAGCAGCCCACCAAGCUAAACAUGGCUGUCGCUGAAGCAUCAGAGGAGGAUGAGGAUGAAGAGGAUGAGCUUAUCGAAUCCGACGCAGAACUUCUGGACAAGUUGAAACCCCCACCAUAUGCCGACGAAGACGGUGAGUCCGAAGUCGACUUCGAGGAACGCGAGCGCGAACGAUCUAAAGGGCUCAAGCUAAAGAUCAAGAUGCCUCCACGCACGCCGUCGCAGCUUAAGGAUGCCCUAGCGAAGCAGACUACGACGAAAAAGCAAAUAACACUCUCCCCUUUCAUGGCAAAGCAUAUGCUUUCCGGAAGUCCACGAAUGGACACGCAUUCGCCAAAGACUGCCACAUCCAUCCUCACCCUAUCAUCCGGUCCCAAACGUGUGCGUGCCGCAAACGGUAAAUUCCUACCGAAAUCAAGCUCGGGCUCCUCAGUGUCGUUGUCAGCGAAAACACCGCCACGAAAACGACCGCGAGGGGACAGCUCCACGGCGUCCACAUCUCAGGCUGCUGCGGGGCAGGCCAUUUCAUACUCCAUAUCCACUGCCAGAAGGCGGACUCCUCUUGCAGCCUCUCCAGCGAUGUCAAAACGCUAUGCCUCCCACGACGCAGGGGCAGACAAAGGAGACUAUGCAACUUGCAUGCUAGUUGUCGCCGCAGUGCGCAACUCCGCCGCUCCAAACGUACGCAAGACGCAGCGGCAUGUCACUGCUUUUGGAACCCGUGUACCGUCUGAGAUAGAGGAAAUUCGGGAUUUUUCGCUGCCAGAAUGGAUUUUUGCUCCUACAAGAUCGAGUACAUGGCAUGACGCCGGUAUCGACGAUAUGGCCGAUCCUGCAUCGCAUUAUAUGCCCCAGGCUAAUGGUGGGAAGAACAUGUUUUAUUCUACCACAGCCAGGAGCAAGAGUGUGAAGCAGGAAUCAGACAUGUCUUCUGACGCAGGUUUCUUGGAUGAUCUGGAUGAUGGCGGCGGCAACGACGAGGUCCGGAUUGCAUAUCUUAAGGAUUAA